AUGCCGACUUGCAAAUGCAAUGCCUACGGUUGUAUCAAUUUUGACGAUGGUGUUAUUCUCGACAAUGAGACUGCCCGACAACAUGCAAUAGAUGACAAUUAUCAAUAUGCUUCUCAGAUUCGCGAUGCCGCCCUGGAGGCAACCAUUGAAGACGUAACCGCAUAUCUAGCGAGCACUACUCUGUCGGAUAUGCCAUUUCAGACAAGUCAGUCUCCUGGAGGCAGGGCGUGGGCUCGUUCAUAUCCAAAGUCGGAGGAUCAGAGAGGUGCUUUGGGUGAUGAAGUUCCCGCCCCCUUUCUGCCCCCCCCUCGAUAUACUGUUUCGGACCAAUUGAGGAAACAAAGGAUUCAGGUUCAUCUAGACCAUCUCUGCGCCAUUGAGCAGUCCCUCACCCGACUCAUAACUGAUGGGUUACCCCGAUUACAAGGAGCUUCUUUUCCCACCGGAGAUUCGUACCAUCCUUGGCCUUUCAGCGAUCUGGAGCAAGGAUGCGAUUCAAUACGACGGGGGCUGACGACCACGACUGUAAACUACAAAGACGUGAGCGUGUUGGCAGCUAAGGACGAUAUAAUUCGGCAUAUUCAGUCUUUCUCUACCUGCGUUCAGACCAACCGGGAGGCUUGGGAGCGAGGAAAGCCUGUAGAAGAUCAUCAGGCAGGGAUCAGGUACAACACAGAUCAUCAUUUUGAACCCAUCCUUGGCAAUGCCAGACCCACCAUUCAAAUUGUUCUCUUCACGGUUCUGGCCAUGAAUAUCAUUCUCAAUGUUGGGCGCCGCAACAUCCUCACAGCCAGCGAUCGAGCUCUUCUUCAUGACUUUCCCACUGAUAUCCGCAUUUCGGUCGAGAAGUUUCGCUUGGACAGCAAAUGCACCAUUUAUGCCGUCUGUCCCAAUCCGCAAUGUCAUUUCACAUAUAAACCUGUUUUCCACGGCGAUUCUCCUGUUGCACAUUACCCCACUUAUUGCCAAUACAAGCGUUAUAAAGGAAGUCCGCGUUGCAAUGCCCGCCUUACCCGACCAAAACGCUUGGAGAUUGAAAACAAUGAACACCAGGAAAAGAUCGAAAUUCCCAUCAAACCUUUCGUAUCUUUUGACUUCAAGGACUGGUUAGGGUCUUUGCUAUCACGCAAAGGUUUUGAAGAGAAUAUGGAUGCUGCAUGGGAUGCGGCGCGGGUUGGUGGCGUUACUCAGGAGAUGAGGGACAUUUUUGACAGCCAAAUCCUUCAUGAAUUUAAAGGUCCCGAUGGUCUCCAUUUCUCCAUAGGCAACGGGGAAGGUCGCUAUGUGUUCUCCUUGAGCUUUGACUCCUUCAACCCAUGA